GAACUUUAAGGGCUGGAGUAUCUUACAGAAGGAACUCUCUUCUGUGUUUCAUUUGAAGCUUCUGAGGGGAAUCAGAACUGAAAAGGACAACUUGUUCUUGAUCCCCAGUUUCCUUCACCUGCAUCACCACCUGGAUGGGCUAUAGAAUCCCUCUCUGUAGUCCUAUCUUUUUGGAAAUUUGAUAUCUAGAUGUUCUGGCUUUAGAGAUCCUCCUGCCUCAGAUUCCCAAGUGUUGGGACAAAGAGCAGGUACCACUGUAGAAAAAUAUUAGUUUUAUAGAGGGUCCUCAGUAAUGUUAUACAUUAUACUAUUCUUUGUGGAGUGUUCAUGUCCAUGAAAUCCUUUGUGAUUACGAAUACAGGUGUUUUGGCUUUUACUCAGACUUUUAUUAUCACAUCUGGAAUCUGAAAUUUUAAUUUCCUGUACUAUUCCUUUCAUAUAAUCUGUUGGACAUUGUUUCUGGCAAAAAGUUUCUAAAUGUGGUCAAAAGAAGAAAGAUCAUUUUAUAUCCAUACAUCAUCCCAAGACAAUAUUUUAAUUUAAGCCUUCUUGCUUCUGCCCAUGAUGAGGGAUCAGCAGGUGAUAUAUUCAAACUCAAGAGUUUAUGAGUCUUUUUCAGAGUCACAGAGUCCAGCCAGACAAGAUGAGACUCAAGGUCCCAGAGAUGUUGGCCACAAAGUAGCUCUUGGGAUCCUUUGUUUACUUCUGAUGACGGCAAUUGCAGUGUGGCUGACAUACAUUUUUCAAAAUAAAUAUGAGCCAAUGAAAUGUCAAAACAACCUUGAUCAAAGCACUGUACAAAAUACCAGCUUCUUAAAUAAAACAUUGACAAAUAAGUCCUCAGAUUCUGAAGGCUGCAAAAAUCAGGAGGGACUGAACAGAUGCUGUGGGAAAACUAAGGCUGUUGUAGAUUACGGAAAGUACACAGGCAAAUGUGCUGAAGCACACUUGUUGUGCUGUGGUAUGAAAUGUUAUUAUUUCAUCAUGGACAAUAAACGCUGGAAUGACUGUAAGCUGACCUGCCAGGACUGCAGCUUAUCCUUUUUGAAGAUAGAUGAUGAUGAUGAACGGAAGUUUCUAAAGUACCAGCUUACUACAAACACUUACUGGAUUGGAUUAUUUUAUGAAAUAAGCAAAAGCAAAUGGCAAUGGAUUGACAAUGGCCCAUCUAAAUUAGAUUUGAUGAAAUUAAAAUUAUUAAAGAAAAAUGGAGGCUGUGCAUGUCUCAGUUUUCGAGGAAUACAUGAAUGUGACUGUGCUACAAAAUUCCCCUGCAUCUGUGAAAAGAGAAUGGAAGGAUUUCCUGAUUCUGUGUGCAAUAUGAAGGGAAAGUAAAAAGUGGGACAUUUUAUCAUCUUUUCUGGUAUCCUGUGAUGAUUUGUGACUGCUUAAUGACUGAAUGCUUUAACCACAGGAUUCAGUCAGCCAAGCAAAUAUGGCAAUGAGCUGGAAAAGAAAGGAAUGUUCUGCUGAAAUCUAACUACACACCACAAGUCACCUUCCUUCCAACUAAACACAGAACUUAUGUCUGGAGAACAAAUGCCCUUUGUUCCCAGGCCGUAAGGAAUUAUUCCUUUGUUUCCUAAUGUCACACAGAAACAAAUGCAGAACCCUGAUAAAUAGCAUAUGUAACUCAUCAUCACUAUGAUAAACCAUAUCAAUAUUCCACUGCUUUGAUAUUACAAUUAAGAACCAAAAUGCAGUUUCAAGGUUCUAUUUGUCAGUUGGUUGCUUAUUGCUUGUAAUUUCUCUCUCUCUCUCUCUCUCUCUCUUUCUCUCUCUCUCUCUCCUCUUCUCUCUAAGAUAUUUCUAUUAUAACAUCGUACUAAAAUGAUAAAACUCAAGAAAUUUAGUAUUGACCUAGUAAUAUGAUCUAUUCCAUACUCCAUAUUAAUAAUUGUCAGUUUUUUGGGGUAUAUCAUUAUUGAUAUUUCCUCACAUUCACUAAAUUUGUGCUUUCACUGCAAUGUCCUUUAGCUCUAAAAUGGUUAUAGACUUUUUAUGCCUUCAUUUUUUGGACCCUGACAUUAAAAAUAUCAAAUUUGACCUUGGAGUUUAUAUGUACUUACACAUCAUUACUGUAGGUCAUUAGAAAUAUGAGUUUAUAAACAUGUACAUAUCUCACGAACUAUUGUGCAGGUUAGUUUUAUGUCAUUUUGACACAAGCUAGACUCAUCUGAAGGGAUAGAACCUCAAUUGAGUAAGUGCCUCAAUAAGAUCUGGCUGUAGGAAAGCCUAUAGAGCCUUUUUUUUUAUUAGUGAUAGAUUGAGAGGGCUCAGUCCUUUACAGGCGGUAUGACCCCUGACUGAUGGUCCCAUGUUCUAUAAGAAAGUUGGCUAAACAAGCCAUUGGAAACUUCCAGUAAACAGCACCUCUCCAUGGCCUGUGCAUCAGCUUCUGCCUCCUGGUUCGUUCCAGGUUUGAGUUUUUGUCCUGACUUACUUUGAUGAUGAAGAGUAAUGCCGAAGUGUAAGUCAAAUAAACCUUGUCCUCCUCAACUUUCAUUUGGUCAUCAUGUUUCAUCACAACAACAGAAAACCCAACUAAGAGAUCAAUCAAACCAUAAUACGGUGUUUUAUUUUUGCUACCUAAAGUUCUUUUCUACUUCUUGCCCUACCCGGGUUUUAUAAAGCAGACAUAUGCUCUCUUGUACUGUUAAUUAGUUAGGUAUAGUCCAGAGUGUCAUAUACUAAGUACAGAUUUGUAUUUGACUCUAUUUUUCACUGCACCCUUUACUCUUAUUAUUUUUUAAGUAACAUGAGCUUAUGACACAAAAGAGAGGUUCAUUUUUCUUUUUACAAAGUACUUUAAGUGUUAUACAAAUACACCAUAAUAUUUCUCCAUGUUAACAUGAAUAUAUGAUAUCUUCCUAAGUUUUAACAAUCAUGAAUAAAGUUCUCAUGCCAAUUU